CCCCUCCUAUCUGUGAACCCUGUCUACUUUCCCCUCAGGUGUACCCAGCUGGCCAGCAUGGGUUCGAUGGAUGAGGAGCUCACCUGUCCCAUGUGCCGCGACCUCUUCAACCAGGCCUACCUGCUGCCCUGCGGACACAGCCUGUGCCCCAACUGCGUGCGGGAGGCCUGGCGCUGCACGAGCAACAAUGGCAGUGGCGGCAGUGGAAGCAGUGCCACGGGGCAGGAGGGGGGCCAGAAGGGGCGCUUUGUGUGCCUGCAGUGCCAGGAGGACCAGCAGGUGGUGCUGUGUGACUGCUGCCCUCCCACCGGAGGAGAGACGGGGAGCAGUAGCGGAGGAGGUGGAGGAGAUGGGCAUGGAGGCCGCGAGGGGCGUGCUCUGGCGGUGAAGACGUGCCUGCGUUGCGAGGUGUCCCUGUGCGCCCAGCACCUACAGCCUCACCUGGACUGCCCCGCCUUCAGCACACACCUGCUGGUGGAUCCUCUGGGAGACCUGUCCCGCCGCAGGUGUCCCCAGCACAAAGAGCUGUUCCGCUACUUCUGCAGUGACGACAGCCUGUACCUGUGCCCCGACUGCAUCCUGGACGGAGCCCACCGGCACCACCACGUCAGGGGACUGAAGAAGGUGGAGGAGGACUUCAAGGUGAGGUUACGAGGGCUGCUCCAUAAAGCCCGAGAUAAAAUGAAAGAGGGGGAGAAGCUUCUCAAAGACCAUGAGAAAACAUUUCGAUCGUUGACCGAGUCGGUGGAGCGGGAGAAGGCGCAGGCGGAGAGGCUGGGCUGGGGCCUGAAGCAGCAGGUGGAGCGGCUGGUGACGGCGCUGAGGGACAGCACGCAGCACGAGAGGCAGGGGGCCAUGCAGAGCCUGACGGAGGACGGCGGGCGCCUGAAGGCUGACCUCAGCCAGACCGACACCAUCUGCCAGCACGUGGGCGCGCUGCUGGAGGAGAGGGACCCCUUCCUCCUCAUCUGGGCAUUACAAUGUGAUGACACAAAACUGAUGAAUGACCUAAACUCGCCGAUGUUCAACCCGAGGCCUGCGAUCAUCGACCGCAAACGCAUCCUGGAGUACUUGGAGCACAAGUACCGCGAGUUCAUCACCGCAACGCUGCACUGCCUCAGUGACCUCAAGAGGGAGCUGUUGAGCAGCCCACUCACUUUGGACCAGAACUCUGCACACCCUCUCCUCAGCAUCUCUGCGGACCUUCGUACCGUCGAAAGGGUGAAGACGCGCAGGCCGCGACCCGCGCACCCUGAGCGCUUUGACCACUGGUCCCAGGUGCUGACCUCACAGACCUUCUCCUCAGGGACGCACUACUGGGAGCUGGAGGCCCACGGCUUCUGGGACAUUGCCGUCUCCUACACCAGCAUCCAGAGAAAAGGCAAACUAGGCACAGCCUUUGGAAAUAACAAGGUGUCCUGGAGCCUCACGCAGCAGCACGACAGGAAGCUAGCAGUCUGGCACAACCGCCGCAAGACCCGCCUCUCCACCCAGAUGAAGGGUGCGCGCGUGGCCCUGGCCCUGGACUACGACGCUGGCACCAUCACCUUCUCGGAGGUGGGGUCGUCCUCCAUGCUGACGCACCUCUACACCUUCAACGCCACCUUCACCCAGCCUGUGUGCCUGGGCUUCGGCCUCUACAAGCCAGACCUGCGUAGCCGCAUCUCCAUCGUCAAGAUGUGCCCGGCCGGCCCGCUCUCGCCUCCACUUCAGGACUCUGGUGCUGCUGCUACUACAGACGGCUGA